AUGACUACCGAGACCACAAGGCGAUCAACAUUUGGAAGAGCUCUAGUUGCAAUGGAGGAGUUAAUGAUGGUGGCCCAGAUCGAAGAACCGUCAUGGAAAAUCCAAGAUGAUGGACUUACCGAGCUAUUACGUGAUUUUGAGUACAAACAUGUGCUUUACAAGGUAAAUCCAGCUCUACAGGAUUUGUUCCCCGAGGAAGCGGCUGACAACAAAUGGGGGAGGCUGCCAAAUAGGCCAAAUCCAUCCAACACCAUUGAAUUUCUGAACUCAAUCCCCGAGCAUGUGCCGAUAGUUCCUACAAUAGGAUGGCUUAAGACUGAAGCUUCCCGAGAAACUGUUGUCAUCAAUAUGGAUUGGUUUCGUAUUGUUACAAUGCUUAUGGAUGUGGUGGGACUGAAUCAAUGGUCGGAUAAGUCCUCCAACAUCAUGUCGAGGCCCACUCUUCUGGGAGUCUUGUAUCCCGGCGCAGGGACUUACGAUGGGAUGUUACAAGUGAGGGAGCAACAUGAGAAGAGGGAGCGAGUGAAGCAAUCAAAUGCUAAUCCUUUAAGUGCUGAAGAUAAGAGGAGGAUGGAGGAAAUUGCUGAGUUCGUACAGCUUCAGGAAAAGGAAAUGGAGGAGCUUGUGGCUAAAAGGGAGAUGCUGGAGAAAGAGUACUGCAAACAGCUUGACUGGGGCAUGUGGGGAGUAGUCGAUUAUUCACUAGAGUGUGUGUUGCAUUGUUCAUUCAUCAAGUACCAAAGGAGGCCAUCAGGUCGUCUGAUGCAAGACUUACCAAAUGGUUCCUCGGAGGUCAAUUGGGUUGAGAACGGAGGAGGGGACCAUACCGCAAUCCAUAGCAUCUACAGGCCAAUUGUUUCUUCUGGAUUUGCAUUUGGUGCAAAGCACUGGAUUUCUGCCAAUACCAGACAAGCUGAAUGGCUUGAAAUUCUAAUGUUGCCUAAUCAGAAUGCCGCAUACAACAAUGCUAACACCGUCCUUAUGACAUUCAGCGUAUUAUGUGUAGUGGUGAUAUCACAAAGUGGGAGGGAUAAUCUGUUCAAAUUGACCGAGAGAAUGAUGAGAACUUACUUUAAGGAAGUGAAUGGUUGCGCAUCAUUGGGAAAGAUAUGCCGGUGA